AUGGACCUUAGAGAAGUAAUCACUCAUGUCAAAAACUUGGAAAAGAAUAAAAGUAAUGAAGAUACUGUUCUACAAAUUCUAAAGAUUCUAGAUAAAGAGCUGGUGGCCACUGAGAAGUUGUUGCGAGAAACCAAGGUUGGUGUAAUUGUAAACCAGUUUAAGAAGUCAGCUAAUGAGGAAAUAUCCAAGUUGGUCAAGAAGAUGAUCUCAGCAUGGAAGGAUGCCAUUUCAAAAGAAAAGAAGAAAAGAGCCGCAACGGUAGCGCAAUCAGGGUCCGCAUCGUCAGGUUCUUCAAGCACUUCUGGUAAUAGCCACACAAUAGCAGUAGUUUGUGAUAAUGCAAACGAACCAAAAAUACAAGAAAAAUAUCAUGCUAAGGGGCCUCGAAAUGCAAAGAAUGAUGGCGUGAAUACGACGAUUUAUAAUGAUAAAUUACGUGACAUGGUUAUCAAGGCAUUUUACGAUGCAUUGGCCAAACAAAGUGAGCACCCUCCACAAUCUAUACUAGCUAUCGCUAUCGACAUUGAGAAACAUAUGUAUAAGCUAAAAAUUCCAGCUGAGAAUGAUAAGGGUUAUAAAGAUAAGUACCGCGUCAUUUACUCUAACGUAAUCUCGAAAAACAAUCCAGAUUUAAAACAUAAGAUUACAAAUGGAGAUAUAUCGCCAGACUAUCUAGUCAAUUGUGAUCCGAAAGAAUUGGCUCCAGAACAUUUGAAAAAGAAGUUAGAAGAAAUUGCUAAACAGAACUUAUUUAAUGCACAGGGUGCUACACUAGAAAGGUCUGUUACUGAUAGGUUCCAAUGUGGGAAGUGUAAAGAGAAAAAGGUGUCAUAUUAUCAGUUACAAACCAGAUCCGCCGAUGAACCUUUGACCACCUUUUGUACAUGUGAAGCCUGUGGUAACAGAUGGAAGUUUUCCUAA